AUGAUUCCGUCAAUCCUUGCAGCUAAAAGUAAAUUAGUUCCGUUAGGGAGUGAUAUUGCUGGUUGUGUGUGCGUGAAAAUGAUGCCUUCCUUGAUAAGGCACCAGCAACAUCGAAUCAACCUAGUUUCCCAAAAUAAACCAGCACCUUACCUAUAUCGCCCUGUAAAAUAUUAUAACGCUGUUGGUUAUUGCGGUAGUGGGUUAGAUGUUCGAAAAGGGCCCGAUUCAAGCCAUCAAAAUCAUACUGAUGCACCUGAUCGGUCAUCCGUAUUAAAAAGGGAGUUAGAUAUCGGAUCUUUCUACUUAGAAAACUUAUUUAGCAUAGAUGCUGAGGAGUGGUAUCGGCUUUUAACGGAUGCAGAUGAUAGAACGACCAUUUUGUGCCUCCUUACAAACUUUCAGAGGCACAUAAGGCACUUAAAAUGCAGAGAACUUCUGUAUGUCAUGGAAAAAUGCUGUAAAUAUGGAAUCAGAGACAAUAAUGAACUGAUAGAUGUGUACUAUGUGCUCCUGUGUGAAGUUUUGUACAACUUUCUGAACAGGAACGACCGCACACUUAGCUUAAGUGAAAUCUCAAGACUGUGUAAAAUUAUGUCAAAAGUAAAGUUUAACAGGGAAUUUGACUGUAGGUCAACAGUGCCUAUAUGUAGCUGCAAUUUUGAACUUGAUAAAAACCCAGCAGUUUGCAAAAAAUGUAAAGUGAGAUAUAGGGAGCUGUUAAACCUGAACGGAGUGGACCUGGUCACCAUUUUGACUGUGGAGCUCGGAAAAUCAAUUUUGAAGCAGUCCAAAGAGCUCAGGAGGAAGAACGAUAACGCGCUGGUGCCGUACCUGGUGAUGGUUGGAAGCAAAAACUGCACCCUGGUCUCACACAUAGUCCGCCGAAUGUGUGUUGAGUAUCAACCACAAUUUAUUUCAACCAAAUCUAUAAGAAACACAUCGAUACUCCUGCACACGAUUAAGAGAACAAAAUCGAGAGCUAACCCCCUCGCAAAGAGAAUAUUUGAAAGGCUUUCAGGGGACGGAGUGAUAGAAAGCUUGCUGGACAGGGAGCUGUCCACGAGUGCAAAGUUGGUAGCAAUAUCGCAAAUCAUACAGUUUUGUAUAAACACGCACUACAGCGGCUCAAAAUUUAACAGGAACCUCGACACGGUAGUUGCCAGAUCAGUUGAGUAUGCACGAAACUUAUGCGAAUCCGGAGCCAUCGAGUUGCAGCAGUACCCUAAUUUUAUAUCGCAGUUGAACCUGUUGAACAGAUCGGCCGAACUGGAACGACACGGACUGAAAAGGCUGUUUACACAAAUGGGAUUGAGGGAAUUCCUCACUGGAUUGGAACAGGUUAGGCCCGUGUUCUCACAAAUCGACCACAACACCAGCAACACACAUGUGCAAGUGGACAGCGUGUUAAAAUCAUUCAACUAUGAGACACUGCUGGAGCACUUCAUAAGCCCGUACCUCGUCGACAUUUUCGUCCCGUCUAAAAACGCAAUCAUAGAGGUGGACGGACCCUACCAUUACGCGACCGGCAUGAAUGAAAGAGUGAAUGCGAUAAUGAAGAGACCGCUUGGCCGGUUCCCAUGCCAGUACAGCCUGAACAGCAGGCUGAAAAGGAGACUGCUAAGUAAAUCGGGGUACAAGUUCUUCAACAUACCCUACCAGGAGUGGCCUCAGUCGACAAACGAACAAAUAUACUACAUUUCGAGCCUCAAAAUAUAG